GAGAACUACUGCGAUAGAGGGAGGGAAGGAGGGUGGAUCAGUAAGCAGAUGGGGAAGGUGUAGCCAGGGAGGGAGGAGGACUGAGACAGUGGGCUCUUCAUGGAUGGGGAAGAUUUUGCUGGCAAAUAGGGAAAGGAUGCCUCAGGCAGAGGGAACAGCAUUAACAAAGGCUCAGAGGCCUCAAUAAAAUGAGCCAUGUGUGGAGAGAGGUGGUAGAGAGGGAGAAGGGACCAGAGCAGCUUCCCCCUCCACACCUGGCCACACAGGGGCCCAGGCUCAUGGGUGUCUGGCUGGGCUGUGGGUUUGCCCAUGUGCGGGACCCUCCCUGUCACUCUGGCGGGCAUUCGUUGGGCUUAGCCGAACCUCUUGCCCUGAUGUCUGCAUACUUUGCACUUCCUUUUAAGAAGCUUCCCCUCCCUCUCCUGACCUCCUCCCUCCCCUCUGGGGCUCUUGGGCCCCUGAGGCCUCCCCCUUGCCUGGAGUGCUUGUCUGAAAACACUGGUUCUAGAGGUGGCUGCCUGUAGGGGAAGGGCACCCAGCACCUCCCUACUGGACCCCUAAGCACUGUCUGUAUCCUUUAUCUUAAAAGAAACGGUAGAAACUUCCUGCACUGUGAGUGCCCGGCAGAGCUGCUGCUGACGCUCUGCAGUUGGAGCAGCCGAGCGCUCUGCCUUUGGCGGGCAGGUGUGUGCGUUUGGGGGUGGGGGGAAGGCGUCCACCUUGUGCGUCGACUGUGUUUCCCACCUAGCACUCAGCUCUCAGUGGAGAGAGGGGCCCGGCUCGUUCAGGGAGGCUGCGGAGAGAUCCCUGUCCCUGAACCAGCCUUGAAGAUAGGAUGGGCCAGUGCUCAGCGUGGAGCUCCAAGUGGGAUGAGGGUGGGGAGGAGCACACCACACCGCCAGGAGUUUGCAGGGGCACGGACCGGCCCAGAGGCUGAUGGGACUGGAGUGAGGGGGAGGCUUCGGAGACUUCUCCACACCGAGACUAGGAGGGAGCCCAGCAGGGACUUUGUGACCCCUGAGUCCCUCAGGGACAGCUGCCUCUGGCUGCUUCGGGGACUGGGGGAGCUGAGGGAAGCUGCUCGGAUGAGGCGUGCUCCAUGGCAGGCUGCCCUGUAAUCUCAUUAGUGUGCCCCUCGGAUGGGACAAGUAAUCCUGUGCCAUAGACUCACUUUUCUUUAAGCCUGCCCCCACCGAUAGCUCCCUAGGUCCUCCCCCUGCCUGUGUGACGUUGGGCAGGAGUGGACUUAUCCCCAUUGAACAGAUGGGUAAAUCAGGGCCAGAGAGGAAGAAGCUUGCAUGACGCCAGGGCUAAUUGGGGGUGGGGGGGUGUGGGGGGGGAGCUGUGAACUGGGUCUGUUUGGAUCCUAAGCACUCUUGCCCGCUGCCCUCUGCCAUCUCCCGGGCUCUUUUGCAGUAUCCGGCCUUGCGGGCACCUUCAUGUAAACCAGCUCUCCAGCUUCCUCAUUUUGCAGAUGAGGAAACAGAGGGCCAGAGAAGGUCAGACACUUGGCCAUGGCCACACAGCAAGUCAAGGGCAGAACCUACACCAGAAUCGGAUCUGGCUUACUGUGUCCACCCACCCCCACCAACCUGGACCCCGCCCGCUUCCUCUUGGGGCACCCACUGCCUUCUGUUCCCCCCUGGCCUUUGGCAUUCGCUCAGAUUGAAGGCACCGAGUUCCUCCUCUGAAGGCUCCAUUGUGCCUAUUGUUUAAAUAUAGAUUACUAAUGAAAUGCCUUUUCAUUGCCUUCCCCGUGAAUACUUUCCGUGUAAAGUUAAUUUGCAGUGUUAUGUAAAUUCUGUUUAACUUCAAUCAAGUUUCUAAUUAUGUUUUUACCGCAGUAAUUCCCAUUUGAUUUGUCAUCUCCUGUUAGGUAUUUAAUGUUCGGUGGGCGGCUGUGCUUUCUCUCUGUCUCUCCCUGUACCAAGGCCCUCUCCUGCCCUGACCGCCCUCUGCCUGUCUGUCUUUCUCCUUCACUCCUGCUCGCUUGAUCCUCUGGCCCUUCCCUGUGGGUCACCUCCCUCCUCCCCUCCUUCCUUCCUUCCUUCCUUCCUUCCCUUCUUCCUCUCGCCCAGCUGCCCCUUCUUCCCUUCUGUUCGCCUCUGUUCUCUCUGGCUUUGUUUUCCCUGCCCCUCUCCUUCCUGCCCUCUUUCUCAGUGUUGUUUCUCCCGUCUUCUCUCCCCAUUUCUCUGUCACUCCUUCUCUCUCUCACUCUUGCUGUUCUUCCACUUCCGAUUUUCCUCCACUAUCUCCCACCGCACCCUGGCUCUCUCGUUCUCUCUCCGUCCUUGUUUGUACCCCCACGGUCUCCCCUUCCCCACAUUUUCUUCUCCUUUAUGUCUCCGCCUCUUCCUCUUCCAUCCUAGAGCCCUUCACAAAGCUACGUGCCAGGGCUGCUCCGAGUGGUGGGACAGACGGAGGAGGAGGUGGGGCUGGCUGGUGGGCGUCCCUGGAGAAUGAGGGCCUGGCCCUGGGUACCUGCUUAGGGCUCUGUGCCCAGCCCUGGCCAGGUGCCAGCCUCUGGUACGCUGGGAACUGGUAGGAACGUGGACGCUAGGGCUGGACGCUCUGGGUGCAGCUCCUGAUCCAACCCUUACCAACCGUGGCUGUCAGGUUGCUGAUCCCCCAUCUGUAAAUGGGGUGAUGACAUGACCACCUCGUAGGGCUGUGGUGAGAGAGCAUAGAAGAGGGGCUUGGUUCUUAUUUGAGAACUCUGGCCGUGCCCCUCACUUCCUCCUGCCCUGCCUCUCCAGCGCUGCUGCUAGGGUCGGGAUGGAAGCCACUCAGAUGCCCCCCACAGAGCUGGUGCGUGGUCCACCUGGAACAGGUCUCAGCCCUGCCUGCCAGGAGAGGUGGGUUCCUUCUCCUUUCGGGGGCUCACCUCAGGGCUGUGAUGACAACUGCCAGUCUGUGGGGGCAUCUGAGGCAUAGACCCCCCCCAAAGCGAGAGCAGCCCUCAAGACCCUGGUCUGGGAAACCUUAGCCAGUCACAUGGCAGACCUUCCCCAAACAGCAGACCGAAGGCAGGCGGGCUCCUGCCAGGCUGGACUAAGCUCCCUUCUCCACCUUCCUCGUUCCCUGGACGCCCGGGGCUGGGCCGUGGAGUCCAGCUGCCAAACCGCUGCUCCAGGUACAAGGCCUUGACGGGCCUGUCUCUGUCUCCCUCGGAGAUAAACCUCGGCUCCCCUCCUGCCCCACAUGCGAGUUCUGGGCUCUGGAUUCUCCCUGCGUGAGAGCCGAGAGCCGCUGAGCUGCCACAGUUUCCCAGCAGGCAUCUGCCCUCUCGGUGGGGAGGGCGGAAGGAAAACACCGGACUGAGGGCCGGGAGGCGUGUGUCCUUCCCUCCACCCCACCCCCCUUCUCCCCGCACUCCCCCCUAUUCCCAUCCAGCACGUCCCUGGCGCGUCCAGGAAGCAGAAAACAAGUGUUUGGAGAAGGCAUUCUUUUGGGUGAGGAAAGGCAGGCCGAUCACUUGUCCUUCAGAGACAAGAAACCUGAGCCGGCCCAGUCCCUGCCCUGCUGGGCCACAUGGCCACCUGACCUGCAGCGAGUGUGCGUGCGUGUGCGUGCGUGUGUUUGUGUGUGUGUGUGUGUGUGUGUGUGUCCCUGGUCUAGGAAACCUUAGCCAGUCACGUGGCCACUUUCCCUGUUUGUUUAAGUAAGCAGUUCAGGCUGGCUGUAGCCAGGCAGCUAAGACAUGGAGCCAGGGGAGGGGGCCACGCUGGCGUGGGUGGCGACAUGAAGAUCGCGGGGACAGAGGGCAGCCCUGAGCCGGACAUGCAGUUCUUGGGCCUCUGGAUUCGGUGUGAGGAGGCCUGGCCUGGGCCUGGCCCUGCUCUGAUCCCCUGCUCUCCCUGGCCCUCCCCACCUCCACCUGUCAAGAAAAGGUAUUAGACUUGCUGACUACAGAGAACCCUCCCAGCCCUGCAACAGAGAGGGCAGGCACUCUCUGUCCAAGGGGAGCUGGAAGAGGCAGAGUCCUGGCCAGAGAGAGGGGCACGUGUGGACAUGGCCACUGGCUGUCGUGUCCCCCGGAGUGGCUGCUGAGCCCUGACCCCUUGGCAGGAAAGGCCACGUCAGGCCUUCCCUCAUGUGUCCAGCAGGCCUCUGCUCAAGUCAACAGAUGGAGCACCUACUGUGUGCCAGGACCUGUGCUGGGCAGGGGCGUAGGGUUGUCAGAAUCCCAUACCUCUGACAUGCUUUCCUCCUGUCGGAGGGGCAGGACCAUUUUUCAUAGAGCAGAGACCCUGGUCCUAAGGCAGAUCGGCCUUACCACAUACCCCCAGAGCUGGGUAGGGGAUGGCAGGCAAGGGGGAGAGAUGUCACUGAGUCCCUUGUAGGCUGAGCAGCUGGGGUUCAGGUCCCAGGGGCCACUUCCUCCAGAGCAGUGGGAGCUGGAGCCAGGCUUCCACAACAGACAGCAGCAGAGCCCAGAGACUCUGGGGCCUUCCCAAGCCCCUCUGGGCAGCAGAGCCUCAGGAGACGUGGCAGGUGUCCUUCUGCCUUCCUCCAGGUUUGCCUGGCCUGUAUGGCGUGGCUUAGCUGUAGAGGGUACAGUGCCCCUCGGGCCUGGUGGAGGAGGGGGCUGUAGUGGCCUUUGGGUCCCUGCUUCUGAGGGCCCAUCAUGUGUCUGUGCGUCCCCCUCUCCUUUGACAAACCAUUCCUGGCAGCCAAGUCUGUGCCGGGCCUGUGCUCAGUGAGACACAUGUGCCUCGCCAAGGCCACAUCAAGCAGCAUCGCCAGGGCUGCGGGUCCAGGCUAAGGUGAGGCCCAGGAGAGGAGCCAUCGUGGAGUGGAGGUCGGGUUAAACAGACCCCACAGGCUGCCCUGGGUUCUUGGGAAGCUUGGGCAUACUUUCCCCCAGAUAGGCUGGUGUCUGAGCACACCAGGUACCCAGGAUGAGGGGCUCAGAGAGCUGGCAUCAGGGCACAUAGAGCACGGAAAGACCUGGUCUCGCUUGUGAUAGAUUUGAGGGUAUUCUCCCUGGCUUGGCUCCUGAGCUCAAGGCCGUUCCAGCUGGGAAGCUCCCCUACAGAAAAGGGGUGGAGCUGGUGGCCAGUGGCUGAGCUGGUGACACAGGCCAGCCAUCCUGCCACCCAUGACGAAAUGUGGAUUCUGGCCUGGGGUGGCUAUAAGCUACUGGGCUAUAGUUCCAGAAGGCUGCCUAGGCCUGUGUGUCCUGGCCUGGCCUUGCAUGCCCCCAGGGUCGAGAGGCUCAAUACUGCACAUGGCUAUCUUAGAAACUCUUCCUGGUAACGUGUGCCCUGGCCGCCCAGCAGGGCUGAAGUCUGGCUCAUGGUCCACCCUGCUCACUUCAGGCCUUCAGCCUCCUGACCGAGCCCCUCUCAAGAUUUGCUCCCUCCAGGCAGAAGCUCAGCGGAGUCUGCAGGCAGCCCAGGCCUGUUUGAUGGGAGUAGUGUGGGCAGGUCCUGCACUGGGCAGCCCCGCCUUCCCAGCAUGGCCCCGGGGACUGCUGUGAGUUUGGCUGUCAGCCUUCAUGGGGAGGUCCUUGAGGAUCCCAUGGUACAGGCGGGAGCCCUGAACCCCAGCUCUGCCCCGGUCCCUGGGGUGCUCUCAGACAAGAUCAGCCCAUUCAGCACCAAAUCAUCUCCCAUCUGCACUCAUCCCCCAAACGGAGCCACGAGAGGCUUUUGUCCGUGGUGGGUCCACAGGCAGCUGGAAGGGUCCUGCUCUCCCGGGCAGUUGCUUUUAGAGGCACCUGUUUCCAGAGCAGCCCUGAGAGAGACUUGAGCUGCCACGACCUCCUGUGCCCUAGGAAAGCAGGGGAGGGCCUCUCCCUCACACUGGGCUGGGCCCCCAACCGCUCCACUCCCGGCAUCUCCCCACUGGAGGACAGGUGAGCCCCAGCUCCUGAGGUGCAGACCAUGGUGGCCCCACAGCACCCUGGACCAAGCUUCCAUCUCACCCAGACUGCUGGCCCUUUAAGGACCCAGGCAUGCGAAGCUGGGGGCGAUGAAGGGGUCUCUCUCUGAGGGUUUGAUGUCACCUUGUCCCUGGGGUGGGGCUGUGCUGCCCGGCUGGGAUGCACCCUCUGCAGGACCUGCCACACAGCCGCUCUCCUCUGGCCACUAGAAGUCCUGCCUGGGAGGCCUGAGAUGGGUCCCACUUCAGCUUCUCCCCUUGUCCUGGUCCCUUCGGCACGGCUCAGAAAUGACCCUGCCCUCUGCCCAGAGCUGGGGAGCAGUGAUCCGAAUGCUUGGGGCGGGCUGGGGGCUGAUCCUGCUCAGCUGUGUCUGAAGUUGUGAGUUACUAGGAAAACACCCCAGUGGUACUUCUGCCAAGGCCUCCUGCUAGAAAACAGCACUGGAGGUCGAGAUCAGAGGUCAGAGGCCACCGAGCAGGCCAGGGCGGCCUGCCCACUCCUGCUCCAGAAAACUUUGGCACUUCUGAGGAGGCUCCACGGGGCCCUCCCUGCCUCCCGGGCUGGGUGGGACCUAUGGGACAGGAAGCCAGGGCGGGCCUGGAGGAUGGGACUCAGGGGAACUGGGUCUGAGCCAGGGAUGAGGCGAAACCCAAUGCUGGCCUGGCCCCAGGGCCACAGCCACACAGGUCACUGGGCCUCAGCAAGUGGCCACCACCCCCACAACAGGAAACCCUGCCCACGCACCCCCGUCCCACCCCAUGUUCCCAAGGGUGGCGCUUCUACUAUUUCCCGUGGGAGCUGCUGCCAGGAAUCAUGCCCUCUUGAGAGAGGAAGCAGGACCUCAGUUCUGGACUGCCCUGCCCCUGACCUGUGCUGACCCCCUCCCGCUGGUGGAAGCUCUGGGCCCACACCCAUUCCUCACCCCACACAUGCUGAUGACUUAUCUUCUCCUAGACAGCCAGGCACCUGUAUGGGCCUGGAGAGAGAAGCUCUUACUGGGGCUAGGCCUGGGAGCCCAGAGAACAAGGUUUGGGGCCUAGGAUCUACCACCAGCUUGCUGGUCCCUUGAGGAAGUCACUCAACCCCUCUGGCCUCAUCUGUAGAAAGAAAAGUCAGGGAAAGCAGCCCGGCCCAGCUGCAAGCAUCCCAUGGAUAAAGGGGUGGGUGGGGCGAGUUUUGUAUCUUAUAAGGACAACCAGGUUUGGGAUUAACUGCCCAGACAGACUCCUGUCACGCAUCCCAGCCAAAGGCGCUUUGUCUAUGAUGACCCCCGAGCAGGGAGAGAGACAUGGGUGCCUGCCGGAGUGUCUGUGGCAGACAGGGUGAUGCUGGCAUGGCCCCUCUCUGGGUCAUUCCAUCGCUGACAACACGGGCAAAGCUGGGUACCUCUGCCCAGGAAGGAGCCUUCCUUUCUCCCUCCUCCGGAGCUGGAGGUGGGGCGUCCGAGAGCCCUCUGCUGCCAUUAGGCACGUGGGCCAGGUUAGCAGGCCUGUGGCUGGGGCUGGAGGGAGCAGUGCUAAGGGGCAGGGCCUGGGUUUUCCUUGGGUUGUGGUGUUGAGCCUAAGGUGCAGGGAGGACCAGGGUAGUAAUACUUCAUGCUCCAAACACUAGGACAGCACCUCGUGGACGGGCUGCUCUCAUACUUCACUUACAGUUCAUGGUCAUCACAGCAACCCCGGGAGGUCACUCCUGUUGCCUACAGAGUAGGAAACCGAGACACAGAGAGGUGAAUCGGCCUGCCCAGGAUGGUUACACUGGGCUUUGCACUGGGCAGCUGGCCCCCACACCUGUGCAACAUGCUUGAUCCAUGACACCUCCCCCUGGGCAGCCCCAGCCCAAACCCAGCUUAGUGUCAGCCGGGGCUGAAGCCCAGGAUCAGCUGUUUUCCCAAAGGGACCGAAGGGAGAGCCAGGGCACCAAGGUGAGUAGACCCAAGUCGCCAUGACUUUGGAUGGUUAACACAGACUGGGCGCCCCCCUGAGCUCGUGGGCCAGCCGAAAGCUUAUCAGUGACAGGGAGACCAUAGGUCCCAGCACCCAAGUUCCUCCCUGUGGGCAGUGACAGCAUUUGCCUUUCAGAGCCAGUGUCAUAAGGAUGUGAGGAGUCCUGGAGACCUUGGGAACAGGGUCUGAACCCCUGUGGCCCCUGGUGAUUUAAUUUCUUUCUCAGUGUUUCAGGCCACACGGACCAGGGCAUUCCAGGCAUCAGGUUCACAGAGGUUGAGACACAGACGUGUAGGGGAAGGUUAUAGGUCAAAGUCAGACUGGGGCCUUGAAUAUGAGGCUGAAGAGUUAGAACUGAACCUUGUAGACAGCGGGAGCCAUUGAAGGUUCUCGGACGGAGGGGUAGUGCAUUCUCAGAGAGAGGAAUGGCGGUGGGACAGCCUGGCAUCUCAUCCAGGUGUGGGGAGUCACGUGGCUGAGGAAGUAGGCCCAGGUGGGUGUCAGUGCCCGCUGGGCUCCGCAGGCCUCAGUUUUCCUCCUGUAGACCCGUGUCCUCAGGGCGGGGGCUAGCGCAGGCUGGGAGCAUGCGGUACUGCAGGGAGGGGCAGGGGUCAGCACCAGUUCGGCUUCCUCUGCGUGUCCCAGAGCUGUCCUGCCCCCGCCCCCAGCUCAGGGUAGUCUGGGUUUCCCACCCAGCCCUGGGUGGGGCCCCACUGCUUCUUCCUCCCUCUGUGGCUUUCUGGUCCGAAAUGGGAGGUGACUGUGGUGGCUGCAGUGGGCUGUGGGGUAGAAGCCAGGGUGGGGACAUUGGCGGUGGGUGGAGUCACAGGAUGGGUGGCCGUGAGUCAGGAAUGGCUGGGCCUGUGUGUCAUCUGGCUGCGUACUGUUCUAGCUUCCCUGCGCCUGUCUGCCUCACUCUCCCGCCCACAUCUGCACCGUGAGCAGCUGGCUGCGGGGACGGUGCACUAAGCCCACGAUGCAGAAGUCAGGGGACCGGACUUCAGAUCACAGGCUCCCCCUCCCACAACGUGCAGGGAGAUCUCCGGCGUGUCCCCUCCCUCUCCGAACCAGUUUCCCCAUUGCAGAGUGAGGGUGGGGCUGGCCAGGGGUUCUCAGCCCCUGCCCAGGUGGGAGCCAGAGCAGCUUAGAAAGACAGCCCACCCCACCAAUUAAAUCGGACCCUGGAGGCGGGGCCUGCAGCCCUGGGGGAAAUCUGUCUGCAGCCUCUGAGGGGCUGCUCUCCAGGAUACUGUGGGCAGCCUGUGGAUCCUGGAGCCCAGGGUCUGCACUCACUCAGCUCUGCCACUUGCUAACACUGGACAGGUGACUUCAGUCUCCGAGCCUCUGUUUCCUCAUCUGUGAAAUGGGAAUGACAUUACUUUAUAGAACUGCUGUGGAGACUAAAUGGGUUUGCUAUAUAAAUAGUGUCUGUAGAGCCGGACCCGGUAGGGACGUGGUAAGCACCGUGCAAGUGUUAACCUGUGUUCUCUGAUCUACAUCUGUUUUCACACCACACUUCUCAUCACUGCUCAUUUGUUCAUCCAGCAAACGUUCCGGGGGCUCAUACCUGCAAGCCCUGUGCUGGGUGCUGUGGGCAACAGGCAGAAAUCCAUCAUGGGGCUGGCCUUGGCCCCUCCUCUUAGCCCAUCAGGGGCCCAGCCCUAGCCAACAGGGGUGAUGGACAGGUGUGUGGGGAGGUCCCCCGAGAAUCUCACUGAGUUGCUGGGCUGAGGGAGCCCCUCUUUCUGAGAGAAGGCAGGGGAAAUCCAGACUCAAGGGAGAAGAAAGGGGCACCCUUUGCUGGUCCUGCAGGCCUUGGCUGGGAAGCACCUGGGGGUCCCUAGUGCCUCCUGGUGGGAACGCUGGGAUGUGCUCUGCGUGUGUGAUGCUUUGACCGGGCUGGGCCCUGGGGCUGCCUGGGAAGGUAAGAGUAGCCAAGGCCGGCAGUGUGUGGAACAGAACAGGGAACCUCCUCGAAGCCCGUCGCCGGGCGGGCCACAUCCUCCAUCUCCUAGAGUCCAUUCAGCAACCCCGGGAUUAAGCAGGCAUUAUUCCUCCCACUCUUCAGACUGAGUGAUGGAGGCUUCAGGGCGUAGGGAGCUCUCGCCCAGGUCAGGGAGGGUGAGGGCACAGGCCGGACUGGAACCUUCCUCUGUGCGAGCAGGAUCCCGUGGCGCUAGUGAGCUUCCCUGGGUGACUACCUUGGUGGAGCACCUUGGGACAGGUGGCGAAGUGCAGUAUGAGGAUUAACACACCUCCAGUCCCCGGCCUUCCCACCGGCUCCCCUGCAGCCAGCCCUGGGCUGCCCCUGGGGGGAGAGCUGGCUUUCCUACAAACCGGAAGCGCUCCCGUGGCCUGGCCCCUCCACGGCCAGGGGUUGGCCCCGCACUUGCCCCAGUUAGACCUUCUCCCUCCCCGCUGCACCAUUGAGUAAACUGAGGAAGGGGAGGCGCAGGGACUUGGCUAAGGCCACAUGGCUUGCAAGCGGCAGAACCAGGAUUUUGCUCAGGCCUGGGUGGCCUUAGUGCUGUGCUCAGACCCCCCACUUCUCGCUAGCAAGAACAGGACCUUCCUUUGUCCAGCGUUUGUAAGCCUGGCCCUUGGCCAUCACUGCAGACUGACCUGGCCCACGUGUGGCCAGAAUCCCAGAGGGAUGCCUGUGUGGAGAGGGUGGCCGCCGGGGGACGGGCCCUGGCCCAGGAAUGGGGUCAUUGGGACACUUGGUGAUAGGCGGUUUGCAUGGGCAUUGGGAGCGCCUGUGCCCUUCAGCCUCUCGAUGGUCCCGCCUGCCUCCUCGAGUGGAGGGAGCACAGGGCAUGGGUCCAGGCUGCCCCACGGAGCUGACGACGAGGGUGCUGCCCAGCCCUGUGCCAAUCAUGGGUGUGACAUCAGUUCCGCUAAUCCUCCAGCCUGUGUAGCCCCAGAUGAGGAAACAGACCUGGAGGGACAGUCUGGCCUCCAACACCAGGCUGACGUGGGCCUAUCCCUGUCCUUUCGCAGAUUCACGUCCCCUCUGUAAGAGGGCUGCUGACAGAACAUUCAGUUUUGAUCAUUGUCAUUGGGAGUGGCAAAUGCCCAGGUGGGUGCCAGAGGGCACUGGUUUGGCCAACUCCAGCUAGGUGCCCCUCUGGGCAAGACCCUGACCCUGGCUCUGCCCACCCAUGGGGCCUGAUGAGAUAUGGAGGGUGUGAAAGGGAGCACCUGGCACAGAGCUUGCACCUGGAGGCCUUUCUGUGGGAAGGGGCUGGGCCCCUCUUCUGGGAGCAGGUGACCCUCAUGAAGCCUGUCUCCAGGAAGCAGAGCCACUGGGACUGCUCCUGAGAUGGCUCCAGAGUCCUGGGCCUUCUCCAUAUCUGUGAUAAGGGGUCCAGUGCCUCCACACGGGGCAGCCCCAAGUUUGCACUCGGCAGCAAACCUAAGCCAGGGACAAUGGCAGUCCUUAUCUAUUGAGCAUUUCCUGUGCAAGUGCAGUAUGGGAAUAAUGUUAAGGCCUUACAUUUCUGUGAGUGUAGUGAUUCUUGUUACCCCAUUUUACAGAUGAGGAAACUGAGGCCCAGAGAGGCUAAGUUUAUUGCCCAACAUUACAUGCCUCGAUAAGCGACAGAGCUGAACCCGAACUCUGGUGUAUAAGAACCUAAAGCCACACUAUGCACCAUCAAUCUGUGUGGAGUCCUCACCCUUGAUUAGAGAAGAAAUUGUUCAUUUGAUGACCUGAGGACAGAGAGACCCUUUCCUCUUCCUCAAGCCAGAGCCCAGGGCUUCUGGGUGGUAGGAGGUGUGGACUAGGGCAGUCAGGGAGGCUUCCGGGUGAGAAUGUGAUGCAGAUUGGCAGCAAAGGAGAGCCAGUCCCUGACUGGGGCCUGAUUGCUCUGUGAGCUUGGGUAGGAUCCUUCCUGUCUGUGGUGUCAUUUGCCCCUUGGUACAGGCCCAAUACCAAGGGGCUGAGUCGGGGCAAGGCAUGCGAGUGUGCAUCAUGAGCCGGAGCACCGGAGAGGCAGGCUGGGUGGGCAUCACUCCUUGGGCCUGGGCGAUGCCCACUGAGGACUUGCGGGCCCAACAGGGUCUCUAGAGCAGGUGCCACUCCAACGUGGCCGUGAAGACACAGCAGAUGAGGAUUGGGCAGGGUGUGAAGCCCUGGAUGUGUCUGCCUGUGCCCAGGGAAGCUGGUGCCCUGCCCCGUGAAUGCAGUGUUCCCUGCUCGCUGGUACCACCUAUGAUUAUUCAGCCCAAAGCCUUUCUCCUGCCAAGCCUCUGGGCCUUUGCCUUGGAGGGUGCCCUCCUGCGUGAGAGACUCUGCCCAAGGGGGUGAGGCCCCUGACCCCCGUUUGCUGCCAGGCUGAGCCAGGCACCCCUUCCAGCACUUUGUCCUAGAAUUGCCCACCUUCUUUUGGGUCUCACCACUUUGCCGUACCAGUGGUUCUCAACCUUCCUAAUGCCCCGACCCUUUAAUACAGUUCCUCAUGUUGUGGUGACCCCCAACCAUAAAAUUAUUUUCGUUGCUACUUCAUAACUGUAAUUUUGCUACUGUUAUGAAUCGUCAUGUAAAUAUCUGAUAUGCUAUAUGUGUUUUCCGAUGGUCGCGACCCACAGGUUGAGAACCGCUGCAUAGACAAUGCACCAACACCCUUGGGAAGCACACAGGCUGGGCAAGUGUACCGGUUGGCCUUGGGCCCUGCCUUCAUUCUCCACACCCACCCAUCCCCAAUUCUUUCUUCUCCUCCUUUUCCUCCUCUGGCAGCUUGCCUGCCGAACCCUGCUGGUCUGCCUCUCCUAAGAAGACAGAGGAGAGAGGCAGGUGAAAGCCCCGGGGUGGUAGCAGGGGCCCGGGCACACUGGGCGUCCUUGGGCCUGGGAGUGGGCAGGCUGUCGGGGCAGCUCAAAAUCUUCUCAGAGGAAGUGAAGACAGACAGGAGGAUUGACCAAGGGCACCUCCUGGUUCUCAGGCAGCCCUGCCCAGGAGGCCCCUCCACCCCAAACAGCCAACUCACUGGGGCUUUCUUAGCUGUUCCCGAGGCUGCCUGCAGCCACUCCUGUUCUUUUGUGGGAAGACUUGGGGUUUCAGCCCUCCCAGAGCACCAGGGGCCACCCGAGCCCCGGAGCCCCCCUUUGCUAUGCCUGCAGUGGGUAUGACAGGCCCUCCCAGCAGGAGAGAUGACCAGGCCCCCAAUUUUGAUUAUGCGAGGAGAGCGAAAGGAGCCCAUCAAAUAUUCUGGGAGUUCAGAAAAGGGAAACGUCACUGGGAUGGGGCCCAUCGGGAAGGCAGCCUGGAGGAAGUGAUGCUUUGGGCACGGAAGGAUGGGCAGGGUUCUGAUGGUGCCACCCCGCUGGGGAAAGUUUGGGGUGAGGCAGCGCAUGCCCUCCCACAUGCAUCUCCGUGACCUCUGGCCUUUGCUGGGCAGUUUCUUCAUCUGUGAAGUCGGACACUACAGCUCCCCGAUGACAGGGCUGUGCUGAGGAGGACUGAGGCCCCGAGAGCGGCUGCGGCUGAGGAGGAAGAGCCCUGGCAAGUGGGAGAGUUGCCGUGUGUGUGGCAGGCUGAGUGGCUCCCUCCAUGGACACGGGCAUGUGUGUGUGUGUGUGUGUGUGUGUGUGUGUGUGUGUGUGUGUGUGAGAGAGAGAGAGAGAGAGAAGCAGUAGGUGUGAGGAGCUGCCUAAAGGAGGCCCAGAGGUGGCAUCCGUGUAGCCCCUUCCCCACCAUACACACUGGCUCCCACCAGGCCCAGGGCACUCCUCGGCCUGGCGCUAACCCACGGCUGUCUGGAUGCCUCCCCCAGCCCCCUAGCGUGGUGAGGUCAGGGAACAUGUAUUCCAGGAAUGCGGGAGGCGGGGCGGCCGGCACGUCUGGAUAACCAUCGGGGUAAAUAUUUGCCUUGCUCCUGGAGCCAGCACUGGCCGCCAGGGAAGGACAGGGCCUGCUCCAGGGUCACGCAAGGGGAGGCCUCCCCGGUGGGUCUCAGGUGCGGGAGCCCGUGUCACCCCAGAGAGCCUGGGAGCUGGGUCAGAGGCCACCCUUCCUGCGGGGGGGGGGGGGGGGCAGAGGCAGAGCCCCUGGCUGUUUGACCCCUGGCCAGCAGCUGCUUGGCCAUCUGUAAAAUGGGCAUAGAGACAGCUGUGAUCCAGCGAGGCGAGGCGGGUCAGAGUGGCCAGAGCUGGUUCGGGUCAGGUCAGCCAGUGGAGCAGCAGCUUAGGGCUGGUUUGGGUGCUCACCUGACCAGGUUUCUGGCCCAUAGUUGGCCACUUAAGACCUUGAGCAGUUACCCCUCCCCCAAACUUUAACAGUCACCAUUCAUUGACCCGUCACUUACUCUGUGGCACCCGUAUCUACACGCCAAUGUCUCAUUAAGCUCUCACAGCCACCAGGGCACAAGGGGCACGUACGUGUCAUUUAGCAGCAGGUGACAGGAGCCCUGAACUCUGACUGACUGAUGCCAUCAGUGUACCCCCUGCCGUAUAGACCACACUGGGGCAGUCCCACUCCCUCCCCCAGUUACCUGCAGGGCAGCCUGGAGCCUCCCUUGGUGGGUGAGUAGCUAGAGGAGCAAUUAAUCCUUGUUUAGAGCAAAGAUGGGGACUCAGAGAUGCCCAAAACUUGCUCAAGGUCACUCAGAAAUAAAGGGCAAGCAGGGAAUCAAACACACUCUACCCACUUUUCCCUUGACCUCCCCACUGAAGACAGGGCCAGGGCUCCAGCCGAAUGUGGGCUCCCACUGCCUGGCAGCUGUAGAGAAAAACUGGACACUUAGCUGCAGGCUAGAGCCACAAGCACCAGCCUUCCUGGUGCCCCACAUCCUGGACACCCUGAGGCACAGGCACCUCUGUCCUGCAGGGAUCCGGGACCAGCCUGCAUCGCUCUGGGCCAGCCCUAGCCACAGCCAGCCUGGCUUGAUGCCUCCCCGAAACCCACACCCUGCUCUUCCCAGGGGAUCCCAGGAGCCAGAGGGGAUGGGAAGGUGGGUGUGGACGCAUCUGGGUCCUGGGACAGUCGCCAAUCCAAGUGACCUCUGCCAUGUUCCAGUCCCCAUCUUACCCUUACAGGGUGGACACUGUUACUGCCUUGCCCCGCCCUGGGAGCUCCUGGCAUGCAGUGAGAGUGAGAGCACGGUUCAGUCUGCGGUCUGCAUGCUGCCCUUCCUGUCUUCACAGUCACUAGGGCCUCACCCCUCCACCCACCCCCAGAGUGAGAGUCCUGCACUGAGGAGCCCACAAGAGUCCUCUGAACGGGGAUGGGGGGAGGGGGGACCAUCCCAAAGGGAGUCCGGUUGGGCCCCACCCCCACUAGGCCCUGAGGCUCAGGCUACACCCACUCCGCGGCUCCAGUGCCUUUUGAGCAGAGAACACCUGCUGCAGGGGACCCACAUGUUUAUGGCUGUGGUCGGUCAGGCUGUGAUCAGGACACCGGUUCAUCCCACUGUCUCUCCUUGGUCUCACCAGAUGGCCAAGCCCACACCAGGUGUGAGCCACACCUGAGGUCACUGAGCGAGGGGAUGGACGAUAUUGCCGCUGUUCAUAGCCUGACCCGAGCCUGAGCCGCUGCCUGACUGGGCACCCAGUGGGAGGGGGUGCCCACACGGUGGCAGGGAAGCCUAUGUGCCCCGCCCUGGUUCUGAGCUCCCUGCUGAUCGCCUGGUAGUGGGCAGAGUAUGAGUGGGGACAGACCACCUGCUCAUGUCAUAGCUCUGUUCUUAUCAUGUUCUAGCUCCUUGUUACCUAUGUGUGACCUUAGGAAGUUAGGGGACCGCUCUGGGCCCGAGUGUCAUUGGGGGAUGCUAGCUCAGUUUCUGCCUCACAGCUUUUCACUGAUGGUCAAAGAAGCAUCCCAGGCAGAGCCCACUGUACAACUCAGCCAAGGCGAGCGUCCCACCCCUCUGUCUCCACAGGUGGGGGGGGGGGCCAAUGCAGGCCCGUGAGGAAGGGGUCAGACCCCCACCAGCGCCCGAGCUCUGAUCCUGGUGCCCCUGUGUGGUGCCCUCACUAUGUGACCUUGGCCAGGUCUGUUUGUCCCUUUGCCCGAGCCCACACCAAAGAACUGGCACUGGGGGCAGCGUGGUGCACGUGUGCACCGUGAGCCGGGUCACCUCGGAGGCAGGAUGGUUGGCAUCAUUCCCUGAGGCCUGGAUGAUGCCCACGGAGUGAGCGAGCACUUUCCGGCUCGGGCUUCUGUCUCAGCUGCAAAAAUAAUUAUUUCCUCUUUGUCAGCGGGUCCGUGGGCCAGCUCGCCUUUAAGAAAGGCCCAAGCUGGGGGCUGAUUCCACUUCUGCCCCAGCCUCUGACUUGCUUCCUGACAGUGGGAUGGGGCAAUCGCUGCCCCUCUCCAGGCCUCAGUUUUCUCCUCCGUGAAAUGGGGAGCAGGAGUCAGUGAACCCAAGGGCCAUUUGUGUCCCCAUGGUGCAGAGUAUGGGGCUGCCAGUGCCCGAGGGUCAGGACACAGAGACAUCCUUCCGUGCUGGGGUGCGGAUGGCAGCUCUGAGGGCUUGGGGCUCAGACCCAGCACACCAUGGAGCCCCAAGCCAGCCGCUGCCAGGUACCAUAAUUCAUGCUUCAGCUGACAGGCCUGGACAGCUGCUUGCGUGUCCACAGUCGUGAGCCUAAUACAGUCCUUACAGCUCCGAGGGAGGCUUCCUAUCAUCCCCACACCCUUCCCACUGACGAGGAAGCUGAGGCACAGAGAGGUUUAAGGAACUUGCCCAAAGCCACCCACUUCCUAAGAGGAUGAACCCAGGACUUGAACCAGAUCAUUCUUAUUACUGAGCCCACACCUCCAACGCCAGGCUGUGUGGUGCCUCUUGUAGGGGGGGCAUCCACUUCUCUCCCUGGGAGCCCUGCCUGCUGCCCAGGGAGGUGUGGCCUGGGUCUGAGGCCUCUCCAUCCCCUGGCACAGGUGGGGCCCACGUUUAGCGUGGUGGGUGCACUCCCUCUCCCACUGUUGGCCACGGGCCUCCUCCCAGGCUGCGCUCAUGCCUGCCUGCAGGUGUAGGGAACAUGGUGGCCGCGGGAGCCACCCACAGGGCGCCCUCACAGCUGGGACUCAAACGGACUCUGCAGCUCCCACCACAGCAGGCCUGUGGGGUCCUCCUCCUGGAGCGCUGGGGGGCAGUGAGGGGCGGGGAGUACCGGUGGCCCAUUGAGAAGAGGGGCCAGCUAGACCUGCGUACCAGAUAUCAUCUCCCUUCAGCCCACUGCUGCCUUGAAGCCCAAGCCACUGAUGUGAAGGGGGUGUCCGUGCCUCUUCCCUCCCUCUCUCACACCCAUACCCAGCACCCGCAGGUCCACUUCUGUCUUCUGCUCCCUCUGCUCUGAGCACCUGUCUCUGGCCUAGGCCGCCCCACUGGUUUCCCUGCCUCCUGCUGUCCCCCCCCCAAGGCCUUCCUCCCCAGCACCAUGGAGAGCCUCUCAAACCAGAACUCAGAACUCGGGUCAUAUCCCUCAGCUGUCAGACCCCCCUCUGCUCCUGUCCACCUUCGCGACAGCUGGCCCUGCCUCCUCCCCUCCCCGCUCCCUGGCUGCACCCACCGCACCACCCACUCUCAAGUCUUCCGCUGGGCCAGGCUUUCCCCAUUAUGGAGUCUCCACAUAUGCUGUUCACUCUGCGAGAAAUGCUGUUCCCUGCAUCUUGGCCUGCCUCUCUCAGGCUCCUCCUUCAACUUCACUUCCCCAGAGAGGGCCCCUGAACCCCGAGUCUAUGCUGCACAGCCCCUGGACUCAUUCUUUCUGGCAGACACCACUUUUAUUACGUAUUUGCUCAUGAUCAGAACGUUACGAGGGCAGGUCCCACUAUCCUGUUCACAGCUCUGGUGUGUGAAGUAUUUGAGUGAAUGAAUGAAUGCCAAGUGCUCUGUCACCAUAUAUCCUCAGAUCCUCUCAGAGCCCCCGGGAUCCUGAUAUCUGAGGUAUCGCGAUCCCAUUUGACAGGUGGAAACGGAAAUGCAGAGCGGCCAGGAGCCUAUUCACAGUUCAUAGCCGGUAGCUGACCGAUGUGGGUGCCAGGGGCCUGUUUGCGUCACGAUGCCCCUUUUCCUCUCGGUCCUUCAGAGUCCCCGUCUGUGACGGGGGGGGGGGGGUGGCUGAUUCGGCUUUGCCGGCAGUAACCGUUUCAGCGGGCGGGCGGCUGGGCCAUGGCAGCGUGCUCACUUCCCGCUGUGCCGGGCGAGGACCC